UCGAUAAAUUGAAAGAAUGGUAUUUCAGUCGGUUAUUUGAAAAAAAGAGUGCUCUUUAUCCAGCUUCUUCUUCUUCUUCUUCUUCGUAUUCCGUCCACAAUCUCCUGCAUUAUCUGCUCUGAAUAUGGCGACGGCUUCGUCUCCACCAGCAUGCACGUCGUAUCCACCGAAAGAGGACGCGGCGUCGGCCUCUGCAUCCUCAGCUCGUCACCCACUCUCGCUUUUGCCCAAAUGCAGCUCGUUGAAGGAGCUCAAGCAGAUCCAAGCCUUCGCGCUGAAGACCCACCUCCGACACGACGCCUCCGCGAUCAACAAGCUCGUGAAUUUCUGCACCCGGUGCCCGAACGAUGCCUCCAUGGCCCAUGCCCAGAAGCUGUUCGACGAAAUUCCCCACCCGGACAUCGUCCUCUUCAACACCGUGUGCCGCGGGUACUCGCGCGCGGAUGACCCGCUUCGGGCGAUGGCGCUGCUCGUGCGGGUUCUGAACCUCGGUCUCUUGCCUGACGAUUACAGUUUCCCGUCGCUCCUGAAGGCGUGUGCCGGCGCUGAAGCGUUGGCGGAAGGCAAACAGCUGCAUUGCUUCGCCGUCAAACUCGGGUUGACCCGCAAUGUCUAUGUGUCGCCCACUCUUAUAAAUUUGUACACCGAGUGUGGCGAUGUGGAGGCUGCUCGAAGGGUAUUCAAUAAGAUAUCCGACCCCUGUGUGGUUACGUAUAAUUCAAUCAUAACCGGUUAUGCUCGGAGUAGCAGGCCCAACGAGGCAUUAUCGUUGUUUCGAGAAAUGCAAGCAAGUAAUCUGAGGCCUAAUGAUGUGACCGUCCUGAGCGUUCUUUCAUCUUGUGCAUUGUUGGGGUCGUUAGAGCUUGGGAAAUGGAUUCACGAGUAUGUGAAGAGGCAAGGUUUGGAUGAGUAUGUGAAGGUGAACACGGCGGUGAUAGAUAUGUUUGCAAAGUGCGGGAGUUUAGAGGAUGCAGUUUCCGUGUUCGAGAACAUGAAGAUCAAAGAUACACAGGCUUGGUCUGCAAUGAUUAUGGCCUACGCAUCGCAUGGACAUGGUUCCAGAGCAAUAUCAAUGUUUGAAGAGAUGGUAAGGGCGCGAGUAUCGCCAGAUGAUAUUACUUUUCUGGGGCUCUUGCAUGCUUGCAGCCACACUGGAUUGGUUGAGGAAGGGUACAGGUUCUUCUAUGAUAUGGAGAAUGUGUACGGGAUUGAUCCCAGGAUCAAGCAUUUUGGAUGCAUGGUGGAUUUGCUGGGACGAGCAGGACGAUUGGAUGAGGCUUACAAUUUCAUACACGAAUUGCCGAUUAAGCCCACGCCAAUACUAUGGCGAACAUUGUUGUCUGCUUGUAGCAGCCACAAUAACAUUGAUAUGGCGAAGCGGGUCAUUCAGAGAAUAUUCAAACUAGAUGAUACCCACGGCGGGGACUAUGUGGUUCUAUCAAACAUGUGUGCUAGAGCUGGCAAAUGGGAGGAUGUCGAUUUAUUAAGGAAAAUGAUGAAUGAACAAGGGGCGGUUAAAGUUCCUGGUUGUAGCUCCAUAGAAGUGGACAAUGUAGUGCAUGAGUUCUUCUCAGGGGAUGCAGUUCAUUCUGUUUCCACAUCACUGCACCACACGCUCGACCAGUUAAUCGAAGAGCUGAAGCUGGUAGGGUAUGUCCCCGAUACUUCUCUAGUCACUCACGCGAACAUGGACGAGAAGGACAAAGAGAUCAUGCUUAGAUAUCACAGCGAGAAAUUGGCCAUUGCUUUUGGCCUUCUAAAUACUCCCCCGGGGAUGACAAUACGUGUGGUGAAGAAUCUCCGAGUGUGCAAGGACUGCCACUCUGCUGCCAAACUCGUUUCUCUGAUCUUUAGCAGGCAUAUUAUUCUCAGAGAUGUUCAACGGUUCCAUCAUUUCGAGGACGGCAAGUGCUCUUGUGGCGAUUACUGGUAGUUUUCUCUAAUGGAGGUUUGAUGAAAGUCAUUCAAAAGUGUGCCCUGUGAUAUACCACUUAACAAAAGCAAAUUUCCCAAGCAGGCAAGGGCAUAAGGAUGUACAUGUCUUGCCUCAGACACUCAUAGUGCUACACUAUGCUUGCUAGUGACCGUUUUGUUUCUCUGCGGAACAGGAUUCAGAGAAGCAAAUUAAGUUUGUUUUUUGCCUCAUGGAAAACCGGAGCAUCUCUCUCUACUGCAAGAACUCUCCUCUCCUUGAAGGAGAUGAGUAAUUGCAAUUGUCGUUUAGAGGCAGGUCUGGUGUGUACAAAUGACUUGUUAGAAUUUAAAAAAGACCAGGUGGCCAAGUUUUGCAGCGUGGAACCAACUACAAGCAAGGUGUGAAAGGGUUUUGCCUACUAGAGACAAUCCAUGCAAUACAUAAAACAGACCAGCCUCAUGGUGGUUGAAGUUUUCAUGCUUCUCUUAUUGAUGUAGUGGCAUCAAGAUUAUCCUGCCAUUUGUCAGCACCUAAUCUGACUUCCGUGGAGAGUUAAGAAGAUCAGCCAAUUCAGUGGCCAGGUUCGCAAUGUGGAAACAACUACAAGCGCCAAGCGGGUGUGAAUGGGUUUUGACUGCUAAAGACAAUGCUUGCAAAUAAAACAGAUUAGCAUUAUGUGUCGGCGCCUAACGCCGACGAGUUUGGUCCAUGAUUCCUUGAUGAAUAUGGUAGUGGACUGAUGAACUGAACCCAGAUGAAUCUCUAGUCUGAAAGGCUUUAUUUUGGCUUCCUAUGGAUAGGGACUUCAUAUUCAACCAACUCUUUGCGAAGGCCGAUCACAAUCAAAUGUCACUGUCUUUUGGACUUCUAUGACCUUCUUUUACGACAUUAAAUAAACACAUUAACGUAGCGUUAA